UCCACUUGACUGAAAAACAGAAGGAGCAAGACUCAAGCAUGGCGAGGAAGAGGUCUGCUUCUGGACCAGGGGAUUGCUAUGAAGAAAGGAACUCACCCACAGCUGGAUGCUUCAGGAAGUGGUGAAUAGGAAGAGACUAAAAUUUGGCACUGGAGCUAGGAGGAGGGAUGGAUUACUAAGAUUGUAUAAGGAGCCAAAUGGUGAAGAGCCUGUGGACCAAAAGAACACUGAGAUAUCAGCCACAGGUGGGAAAGUGAGAAGAAUGUGUCUGUGGGCUCAUCUUUCCCUGUCUGCCCAGUCCUGCCCAGAGGUGAAGUAUGGGAUCUCAGUGCAGCUUCACUCGUGCCUUGGAGAGGAAUUGCAGCACGAUGGCUGCGUUCCCUGUCCUGCAGCAAGAAGCGUUAUUCCGGAACGGUACCUGGAGCUAUCGAAUUCCAGCCCUGCUCUACCUGCCACGCUUCAGCAUCAUCCUGGCCUUUGCUGAGGAGCGAGAGGACCUGGUGGAUGAACAUGCCAAGCUGAUAGUCAUGCGCAGGGGCGUGUACGACCCAGCCACGCAGCACGUUCAGUGGAAAAGGAUGGAGACCCUUGUCAGUGCAAAGCUUGAAGGCCACCGAUCUAUGAACCCCUGCCCGGUGUAUGAUGAAGUCUCAGGAAAACUCACCUUGUUCUUCAUAGCUGUCCCAGGAAAGAUCUCUGAGCAGCAUCAGCUGAGGACAAAGAUCAAUCUGGUACGUCUCUGCUAUGUCACUAGCAUGGACCAAGGACGCACCUGGAGCGCUGCCCAGGAUGUCACCGACAGGACCAUUAGGAAUGAGUACAAGAACUGGGCCACCUUUGCGGUGGGGCCAGGUCAUGGAUUGCAGUUGCUCGAUGAGGCCCGGAGCCUUGUGAUUCCUGCCUAUGCCUAUCGUAUCUUGGACCCCAAGCAACACCCCACCCCUCAUGCCUUCUGCUUCAUCAGCUCUGACCACGGGGCAACAUGGCAGAAGGGGAACUUUGUGGGGGAGGAGAGCGCAGUGGAGUGCCAGGUAGCAGAGGUGCAUACCUGUGGCAGAAAGGUCCUUUACUGCAAUGCAAGGAGCAACAGGGGAGCCAGGAUCCAGGCUGUCAGCUACAACCACGGGCUGGACUUUGAGGGAGGCCAGCGGGUUGAAAUGCUAAUAGAACCUCCCUCAGGAUGCCAUGGGAGUGUUACUGCCUUUCCACCUCCCCCAGAUGCCAGAUGUCAAGAUAGUUGGUUACUCUAUGCUCAUCCUACAGACCCAAGGGGUCGAAAAGAUUUAGGAAUUUACCUCAACAAAAGCCCUUUAAAUCCAGCACACUGGACAAAACCCAGCAUACUCUUCAAAGGCCUGUGUGCUUAUUCAGAUCUGCAGUACAUGGGAGUUGGGCCCGAUGGCUCACCUUUGUUCUCCUGCCUCUUUGAAUAUGGGACCCACAGACAAUGUGAAGAGAUGAUUUUUGUCAUGUUCACUCUGAAGCAAGCCUUUCCCUCAGAACACUGAGUCUCAAGCCUUUCCAUCAGCAUCCCUCUGAAAACCAUCUUUGCUGAUGCUUUUUACUGUCAUUUGUCAUCCCUCAGCAAAAGGGUUUUUUUACUCCUGCUGCACACAUAGUUUGGUGUUGGCUUGUUCUGUCUGUAGAUUGUGAAGUCCAUUAAACAUACCACAACUUAAGACAUUUGGUUUUGUUUUUUGUUGCCUGUUCUCCCUUUUUGCCUUUCUCUUUGGCUGCUUUUUUAGGCAUCACAUGCCCAAAACAAGUGUGACCUUUGUAUAGGGCUUCUCACCUUGAGGUCUCUGAUAGACCUCAUCAGGGACACAUGUGCUGACAGUGCAGGGACUGCAAGGGAACAAAUGGCAGCAGGGUUGUGCUGAGUGGUAUUUAGUAAGUUGUGGAGAAACUUCUAGAGAGGGCACUAGGUUUACUACCCUAUAUCUGCUGUCGUCUUCUUCAGGAAGCUGUUUUGGCUCUGGUAAGGAGCACUGUUUCUUGCAGCCAAUGUAGGAAUGCAGGCACCUGUAAUUUCCAGGGUUUUCUGUCUCCUUAUUUCAGCAAGGCCAUGUGAUGCCUUGCUCUUGGGAUAUUCCAUGCCAACUUCUUCAGUGUUUUUGGGGCUGCCUUGUUGAGUUCCCAGGCACCCUAGAGGCGUCUGCCUAACUUAACCUUCUCCUUACUUCCCAUGCUGUGUUUUCUUGCUUACUCUCCCUUUUGCUUACACUGCAUUGAGAAGGUGCAGUUUCCCAUGUGUGAGAAAACCACAGCCUUGUGUGCUACGGCUGCUCCCUGUCCCUGAGCAGUCUUACUAGGAGUCAAUGAGGACACCAGGACCCUUCUACGCUGGGGGACAGAGCAAGUGGCAAAAAUGGCAUUUUGCCUACAUGGAAACUGCAGGAUCAGGACAGGUCUGCAGAGGGAGCUCCCAAUUUAGAGUCAGGAGGGGAAGUGUUUGCUAGUCUAUCUAACACAGCUGCCAAGCUAUGAUCCACAUAGCAACUACUCUUAUUGUUGACAGCACCAUGUCUUGUUAUUACAGAGUAUUAUUGGCCUAUGAGGCACUAUGUCAAACAAAUAACAUUGCCCCACUUUCAGCAAAAAAGGACCAGUGCCAGAGGAAGGAGAACUGACCAAGGCGAGAGUAACAUAAAACACUCCAGCUGGAAGGCUUUCCAAUGUAGACAGAUUUUCAACAGAUUCCUGAAUGAAACAGCUCUAGUUUUUGUGAGAGAGACACUAUUCUACUACUGUACAGUGUGUUUUGAAAAGAGGCAUUAUACAAUAACUAGACAAGAGACUGACCAGAAACAAAUGGCUACCAUGUGAGACACAUCAGAGCAGAUGGAGCUAGGAAAGUGUUGCCCAUGCCUCUGGACAAAAUUCUGCAUAUGAACCAGUCUGUGCUUGUUUCCUGUGUGUUGUAUCCUGCAUGUGUGCACACAUUCAGUGACUGCAAGGAAAAUAUGUUUGUUCACCCUCUUGGUGAAGAAAACUUUCAGAGAUCUCUCAGAACACAUCCCCUUUGUUGAACACUACCAAGUCCCAUAGGAUCCUUUGCUGUGUCACUGCUCAGGUCCGUGAGUCUCUGCUUGCACAGUGCUCCUACCCUUGCCUUUUACUACUGACAGCUUUCAUGGGUGUUGGGAAAAAAGGCCCUGACUUUCCUCACUAUGGAGAUUUGUUUCAGGGCACCUGGAUGCUGCAGAGACCAAGGGAGUGAAGGGAUCUCAUGACCUUCACAGAUACACUGGUAACUUGUCAAGCUUUUCCCAAGCAGCAGGUCAGUAACAUGCUGGGCUGGAGUAGCAGAGUGGCUUGGUAGUCAGUACUUUUUGGGUAUUACUCCUAGUGCUCUUUAGAUGUAGGCCAGAAUCUAAAUAACCUUUGUGGCCAACAGCCUAUCACUGAUGCCUAGUUAGGGAAUGGUAUAUUUAGAUUUCUGCAAAGCUCACUGCUGCCCUAUAGACUUAACCUCCUCAUCAGGUACUAUGGAAUACUUUAGUUUUGUGACAUGGAAAUGCAUACUUAAGUUUCUACCUGGCCAAGCCUGGCAGUUCCCAUGCUGAUGCAGUGCACAGGCUGAAUAUAAGUGGGGAGAAGGGGUUGGGUGACCACUGUACAUCUUGAGUGAUGCCACAGACUAUUUAUUUACUGGUUCUGGAGAGGCUGGUACAGUACUACCUGGACAUCUAUAGAAAAACCAGUUCAGAUAAAGUGUCUAUUAUAGUGUCUUGGAGAUAAGAUGAUAUUCCAAGCUAACAAGCCAUUAGGGAUCACAGAGCUGUUUAUAUCAGGGGAUUGGGAUUUACCUUUUGAGCCGCUGAAGCUGUGCUGUGCUUUCUUUUAGGACCAAGAGAUACUCACAGAAACCAGCCUGCACAUUCAAUUGUCACAGUCAUCCUCUGUACUUGGAUCCCUUCCCCUUGUUUUUGUCUCCAAGUCAAGGACUAGUGUGUGCCUGGACACAGGAUUUGAAGGAAGUAGCAGCAGAUUGCUAAAAAUUUAUGUUGGUGGUGGGGUGGAUAGGCACUAAGUAUGCAGUUGAUUAGUCUCAGAUGUCUAACGAGGGCUUGUAUUUGUUACCUGGUGUUAGUUUGCAGAAGAUCAGGAGAAGCUCUCCAAACAGUUUCAUUUUAUCAAAAUCAAUGCUGUGACCAGCUCUGUCCACUCUGCAUCCAGAUACAUGUCUGUUGC